AUGUCAUCUUACUCGGACAUUGACCUCACCAUAAUUGAUGGCGUAACGUUUGUUUUGGAGAAGACGAGACCGCCAGGAGGAGCUCAAAUGACAAAAGGCCAAAUUGGAUGUUGGAGGGCGCACAUGGAUAUGAUGCGCUAUGUCGUGGACCAUCGACUUGAAACAGCGUUAAUAUUGGAAGCUAAUGUUGAUUGGGAUAUGAGAAUAAAGGAUCAACUAGAAGAACUCGGUAAACAUAUGCCUGGCGCUAGCAAGACGAGGCCCUAUGGUCUAGAAUGGGAUAUGCUCUAUACAGGCCCAUCUCUUCACCUUCCCGAUGAAGCAAAUUUGGGCCCUGCGAUUCGCUAUCGUGAUAAGACUGUUGGUACCUUGGAUCGAUCGGGAUGGGAUAGGCUAGAAGCCAACUGGGUUGCUAGAGACCUAGUUGCUUACCAGGCACAAGAUCACGAAAGAAUUGUUCACCGAGCGUAUACGACAUAUGCGACCACAAGUUACAUGGUAACAUUGGAUGGCGCAAGACGCAUUCUAUACCAGCUAGGCCUGAAUCAGCAAUCUGCUCCUGUUGACGUGGAUUUCUUCGAAGCUCUACAUAGAAGAGAGCUCAAUGGCUUGAUCGUUGUACCGCCUCUUAUGCAGCAGUGGAAGACAGGGGAUGCUGCGAAGGAUUCGGAUAUUCUGGAUCCUGAUAGAGCAAGCCCGAAGACAGAAUCUGACCCUUGUAGCGUGCAGAGUAUGCGGUAUACACUUGUAUACAUUGAUAUCUUCUGA